AUGCUUAUCUUUUCUAAAAAUAUUUAUCUUUGUGUUUUCUUACUUUAUUUUAAUUUCCCUAUUCUGCUCAUAUUUCCCCCUUUUUAUUUUUACUUGACUAACAUUGGCCAUUUUUCUUUCUUUUUAUUUGCAUAUUCCAGUCUCUUUUUUUUGUCUAUUUCUUCUAAUUUGCAUAUUCAAGUCACUUUCUUUCUUUUAAUUUGCAAAAAAAAUAUUUUGGUCUCUUUCUAUUUAUUUGCAUAUUCUGGUCUCUUUCCUACUUUUUAUUUGCAUAUUCCAGUCUCUUUCAUUCUUUUUAUUUGCAUAUUCUAUCUCUUUCUUUCAAUUUGCAUUUUUGGAUCUCUUUCUUUUAAUUUGAAUAUUCUUGUCACUUUUAUUUCUCUUAAUUUUCAUAAAAAAUAUUCUGGUCUCUUUCUAUUUAUUUGCAUAUUCUGGUUUCUUUCUUUCUUUCUUUCUUUGUCUUUUUAUUCCUGGUUCUUAUUAUUCUCUUUCUCUCUCUCUUUCAAUUUCUAUCAAUUCCUUUCUUUCUUAUUCUUUCUUUCUGCUUAUUUUUCUCUCUCUUUCUCUCUCUCACCGUCAGCUCUUUCAAAUUUAUUUACUUUUCCUUCACUGACUAAAAUAGACUCUCCUCCAUUACUUGAUCUGUCUCUUUUUACCAAUAUCUUUCUUCCAAUCUCUCUUUUUCUUUUUACUGUCAGUAUUACCCAUAAUUCCAUUCUCUUCCUCUCUGCAACUUUCCAUUUCUUCUUGUCAUUCCAAACGCUCUUUUUCUCACUUUCAUUCCACUGCCUCCCUUCUUGCUGA